AAAGCAAAAAUGUAUUAAAGACGUGAUUCUCGUUCUUAGUUGGAGUUUGCAAUUAGUUUACAACGUUAUUAAAGGUCUGCUUCCAAGAGAGAAGAAACGAUCAACCAUGGGCUCAGUCCUCACCGAAUUAGUUUGCAUCUUCUCGGUCAUCCACACAGCAGGAUUAGCAAAUAUUCCUCUCUCUUCCUCAAGUAAUGAAGUUGAUGCACCUGUAGGGGGCACUGCAGUCUUGUCAUGCCACCUUCAAACAAAAACCCCUAAAAACGUUGGGGCGGUACUGUGGAAGAGAACAGUUGGAGUGGAGGAAAUUGUGGUGUUCUUCCGAAAUACAAAUAACCAAAUGAUGAAACAGAGCAAAGCCUACAUGGGCAGAGCUACAAUGUCAGAGCAAUGGUUGACUCAGGGUGAGAUGACUCUGACAGUGAAGAAUAUUACACCGAAUGAUGCAGGAGAAUACAGCUGUUGGAUAAAAGAGUCCUCAGUGAGUCCACUACCUGAACACAAGUGCUGCUCCAUGAAGUUGCAUGUGGAGCAGAGGAAGAGUGGUGAACCACAACAGGUUAUGACAGUGUGGAGCCUGUAUCUCCUUUUCCUCUUGCUCUGUCUUUACCUUUUCUACAGAUGGGGGUCGAAGAAAAAUCAACAACUCAAAUGAUGGAAGACAAGAAACUGCAACCUGCUGAAUACAAAUUAUUUACUAUGUAACCUCCAUCAGUACUGUGUGUAAUACGUGUGUUAAACCUGUAUGUAACCUGUGUGAUUUAACACAAUGUGCAUAAUUGCCAGUCUUUUCUGCUUACACCAGAGCACCACACCGUCCUGCAUUGGUAAAAAUAGUACAGGUGCGCUUUUGGUGAAUCAAUAUGCAUAGUGAGCCCCAUAGACUUCAAUGGUAGCACAUAUGCAUUUUUGUAAGUUUUUUAGAGCAUAAUUUUAGAGUGUAAGCUCCUUGAGGGUGGGGCUGAUGUGAAUGUGCAAUAUAUAUGUAAAGCGUAAAUUGUCGGCACUAUGUAAAUAUCUUUAGUAAAAUAAUCCUCUAUUUUACCUCUAUUUUAUUUGACUUUAACUAGCCAAACAAAGCACUGUUGUGCAGAGCCAAAAUACUGUUAAGAUUUUAUGAGGAAGUGAGCUGCCACCUAGUGAGCCGACCCAGUUGUGUGACAGUAGCAAAUUAAUAUUUGCU